GAGAAUGGUUUUGCAGGAGGGAGCUGGGAUGGUAGAAUGGCUAGAUGGAAGAUUUACGAAGCUUGGGGGCUUGCUGGAAGCUUUGGGGAAGUGGAGAGGUGCUUGGUUUAGGUCUUUUGAAUGAUGUUGUUAAGGAGCUGUACAAAGCUAGAGUGCAGGUUUAUGAGUAGAAAGUCUUUAAAUAUUCUGUGUAUGUCUUCCCUAUUCCUUGAAAGGGAGAGUGAUGAGAGAGGUGACUUCUCCUGAAGAAAGGGAAGAGCCUUAAGGUGCUAAGUGCAGCCCAGGUUUUCCCUGGUAAAAUAUCUUACAAAAAAACCUGUGCCUUGAGGUCUCCUUUGUGUUGUGAGCUGCAUGCAGAAAUUGCUCAUCUGGUAGAGCUUGUGCUGUAGCUGCUGAUUGUGGCUGCUGGGCAUAAAUGGCCAAACUCCUCCAGAGAACUACAGCCAACAAGACUUCAGGUGCUCCUUCCUACAGCAGAUGGUCCAGCUCACAGCCCCAUCAGUCCAGCUCCACAGUGAGAACGUACCAAAACAGUAAAUCGAGAGUGACCAUGAGCCCUGGCUUUAGCUCCCAGUGGAAUAGCAGCCAACCUGCUUGGAAUACAUACACCUUCCCAAGAGCAAGCUUGCACUACCAGUCCCAUGCUAGCUACACCUACUGUGCUGGACAUCCUGCUCAGUCCUAUGCACCAGCUCCCCACCCCAUGGCUCCUCCCAGCCCCAGCACAAACAGCAGCAACAACAGCAGCAACAACAGCAGCGGAGAGCAGUUGAGUAAAACCAACCUGUACAUUCGAGGCCUUCCACCCGGCACCACUGACCAGGACCUUAUCAAGCUGUGCCAGCCGUAUGGGAAAAUUGUAUCCACAAAGGCAAUUCUUGACAAAAACACAAAUCAGUGCAAAGGUUACGGUUUUGUAGAUUUUGACAGUCCGGCAGCAGCACAGAAAGCAGUAGCAUCUCUCAAAGCAAAUGGCGUGCAGGCGCAGAUGGCAAAGCAACAAGAGCAAGAUCCCACAAAUCUAUACAUCUCAAAUUUACCCGUUUCCAUGGAUGAACAGGAACUGGAGAAUAUGCUGAAACCUUUUGGACAUGUCAUUUCCACCAGAAUAUUAAGAGAUGCUAACGGAGUCAGCAGAGGAGUCGGCUUUGCCAGAAUGGAGUCUACAGAAAAAUGUGAAGUAGUAAUUCAACAUUUUAAUGGCAAAUAUCUGAAAACCCCACCUGGUCUACCAGCCCCCACUGAGCCUUUGCUGUGCAAAUUUGCUGAUGGAGGGCAAAAGAAGCGCCAGAAUCAAAGCAAAUACACACAGAAUGGAAGGCCGUGGCCCAGAGAAGGAGAGGCUGGCAUGGCUUUGACUUACGAUCCAACAGCUGCUAUACAGAAUGGAUUUUAUUCCUCACCGUACAGUAUUCCAACAAACCGCAUGAUUCCACAGACAUCAAUCACACCAUUCAUUGCUGCUUCCCCUGUCUCUACAUAUCAGGUCCAGAGUACUUCAUGGAUGCCUCAUCCGCCAUAUGUUAUGCAACCAACAGGUGCUGUGAUAACACCAACAAUGGACCACACUAUGUCAAUGCAGCCAGCAAGCAUGAUGGGCCCUCUGACCCAACAGAUGAACCACCUUUCCUUGGGCACAACAGGAACGUACAUGACUGCUGCUGCACCUAUGCAAGGGACCUACAUUCCCCAGUACACUCCUGUGCCUCCAACAGCUGUCCCUAUUGAAGGUGUUGUUGCUGAUACUUCUCCACAGACAGUAGCAUCAUCAUCACAGGAAGCCAGUGGUCAACAGCAACAGAUGACAGUGGAAACAUCCAGUGAACAUGCACCUGCAUAUUCUUACCAACAGUCUAAACAAUAAACAGGACUGAAGAAUGUCGGUCUGAAAUCUUUGCCUUGAAUGGAGAAACUUCACUGAACAAGAAGUUGGCUUCCAGUUUGCACAGGCGUCAAAUGAAUGCUUUUUUUUUCUACCUUUCCCAACGAAAACAAAACAGUGUUUUUAUGUGCUGUGCAAAUGGUUCCGUCAUGUAGUCUGACAAUUUUAUUUUUGCUAUUUUUUUUUUCUUAACUAAAGAAAAAACCCAGAGGAGAAAUGCUGGGUUGACAUUUCAUCUGGACGAACAUUCGAAUUCAGAAUUUACCUGGAGGUGUAGCUAGAUUUUCUUUUUUAACAGAAAAAACUGAUGAUGUCAAGAGGGAGCAAGUUGAGAUGAAAACCAAUUGUCUUCCUCAAAAAUUAAGCUACUCUUUUUCUCUCAUUUUAUUUUUCUUCUUGUUUUAAAUUUAGAGUGUUUUUUUGUUCUUUUUUGUUGUUUUCUUUUUGUUGUUGUUGUUCAAUUGUUUGUUUUAAAGAAAUGUUUAGGUAAGGUUUAUCUUGAAUCUUAAUUGCCUUAAUUUUAAGGACGUCAAAGGCUCUCAAGGCAAGCUGUCAACGUCUUGUUAGAAAACCCGAGAAUGAAUUGAAACUGCUCACACCGGUGCUGGUGCAGAAGUUUAAUAGACUGAGUUUUUGGGGUGAACAAAAAUAAACUGUACAGUUUAAAAGAAAAUGAUUUUCUUCUUUUGAAGAAAAGUUGAUGAUAAAGGAACUGUGGCAACUGAAAGGAUUGGAAAAAUGCUGGGACUUUUAUGAACUUUGUCUUAAGUGUUGACAGAAAAAAAUUCUAGAAGGCUAAAGCAUUUUACAGUAAAGUUAUUGAAUUGAGAAAAAAACUUGCUGCAUUGUAGAGAAUGCAGGGUUUUUUUCUUGCAGAAUGCAGAUUUUUUUAUUUACAAAGCGUGAUCGCUAGCAAAAGCAUUAGUGCUUUUUAUCUGCAGUCUUUUUUAUGAGCUUUAAGAAGUUUUUAGUCUGCUUUGCUUGUCACAUUGCAAAAACCUAGCUUAAGAGCAUUAAAAAAACUUAAGUAGAUAGGAGCUUAUGGUCAAAAAAGUGCAAAAAAAGCAAUAGAUAGAAGAAAUUGUUGACAAUUUCUGUAGUCUUUCCUAGUUGUGAACAAAUGCAGCCUAUGGAUGGCCUAUUUUAUACCAAAGAUGAAGUGACACCCUAACGCAGUCCAGAAGAUAGAGGUUUUUUUCUUUUUUUAUCUUUAUUUGACCUACAUGGCCGGACCAGUUCUUACUUUCUUGUUUGUUUAAACUAUCUUCCACUGGUGUUUUACAUACUGCAUAUGUUUAUAGUGGAAAUUUCAGAAUAGUUGGUAUGAGAAGCUUAUUGAUGGUGUGCUUUGGAGAACAUCACAAAGCAGGGGAGCGGGUCACCAACUAAUCUGUCCAGGUGGGCUUAAUUUUGAUGAGUUUUUCUGUUGAAUUGCCUGAUCCUUGGUAUUUCUUCUGAAACAACAGUCUUCCUUCUCAAUUCCGACAUACCACAGACUCAUUUCUUCACCUCAGUCUUUGUCAUCGUCCAGCAUGCAUAGCCACCUUAAUUCUGCGUUUUUCGGUGAUGCAUUCGAAUUGCCAGUUAGAUGCAACAGAAAGCAAACUCGAUCUUUGUUCUCAUUUUAGCUCUCCCAUACAAGCAGAAAUGUUGAAAAUGACUUACGCUAGCAUUGUCAUGCAGGCAGGAAGUUAAAAAUUAUUCUUCUCUGCUAUGAUUUCCGUUGUCUUAAUAUGUUGGCUGACAAUCACUAAUUAGUAUGAUUAGGCAGAAAAGACACCAACUAAAUUGAAUCCACUGAAACCUGUUUCAGGAAUGACAGUUAUUUUCCACAGAGAAAUCUUGAUUAUGGCCCUUGAUUUUUCCAAGCAACCAAAAAAGGUGAAAAGCAAGUCAAAAGAUGAUUUUUUUUUUCCUUAAGGAGGCAGAAGAGAAGCAGCAUUUAAAUAUAUACAUACAUAAACAUAUUUCUAUAUGUAAAUUUAAACCAAACAUUUUUAAACUUUCCUCCAUUCAGAAGAGAGGGGAAGCUUCAUCACAUUUAUUGUGGUGCAAUAGAGACAGGGUAUCCAUUAAAAAUAAUUAAAUUCAAACAUUUAUAUUGGAUCAAUCUGAUUCAGCCACCCAAAUCUAAAAAGAGAUCUCUGUUUCCCUAACCUGACUUUUAGGGGGAAAAAGUACACAAUUAUUUUUUUAAAUUGAUAAAACAAGAUCAUAUAUUUUAAUGUAGUGUGGGGUGGGAGGGGGUUUCCCAAGUAAAUGGCUGCUAGAUAUGCAACAUAUAAAAGAGAGGAAUGGGAGUUCACGUGGUUCUUCACCAUAGGAAGAGGGCCUGAUUUUCAGAAGUGAUAAAACUUCUGCUUUCUCCAGAGUAGUUGUUGAUACUUGACACUUCUGAAAACCAGAUGAUGCCAAAGUAAAAGAACAACAAUAUUGACAUUAUUAAUUCAGGAAAAUAAAUAAAUAAAUAAAUCACAUCUCUUUCUGUUCCACAUACUGUCUCAUUACAUGUUGCUUUUUGAGAGUGGCACUUGAAUUUUGUCCUUGGAUAAAGGUUCCCUCUUUCUUUGGAGGGCAUAGGGGGGAAAAAUCAAUCUAGCCUUAUUUUCUUCCUUUCUACACGUACUCUCUUUCUGUCUCUCUCUGAAUUCUUUGUACAAAUAGUGAUAACCCCGGGCACAAUUCAGUUAAAUAUGAAAUAAACAUAUUUGUUUCUGUGUUAGUUCUAAUGUGACAUACAAAAAGUCUCAUUUACUAUCAACAAUGAGGCUACAAGGUAGCUACCAUGUGGCUGAUGAAUAUGCUGAGGUACCUUCUUGUUUCUAUUCAGAACUCUGCUGCUUUAUUUAUACAUUCAGAAACAUUUUUGUUAUUUUUUUCAGCAAACAAAUUUAAGCAAUCUCAGUGUUUUUUAUUAAGUCAGACAGGCAGCACGAUAUCACAAUGCCUGUCACUUUAAAGUGUUUCAAGUGCAUUCUGUGUUAGAACUGUUCCUUUUCUUUUUUUCCAUGCUGCAAUGUUUAAUAGUGUUUGAAAUCAAAAGAAACAAAGAAAUAGAGGAAGAAGAAGAGGAAAGAAAAUGGAUCCCCUAAAUACAAUUGAUCAUCUUACUGUUCCCAAAAAUCAGUGAAAUGGUACUUGGAAGUCUAUGUUCUAUAAGCAGUGUGAGCUUUGAGUAUAAAUAGACAUAGAUCGUAAGGUAAGAAAAAAAAAUGGAACAUAUGAAAUGCUCAGAAAGUGGUAAAUUGUUUGUAAAAAUUUUAAGAUGAGAUAAAAGAUAAUGAAAAGCAACACACUUGCUGCAUGGUUGUCAUCACAGCACAGGAAUACUUGGUGGCUUCUGAACUCUAAAACUGGUUUUCUUUAUGUUCUGGCUAAUGAGAUUUAUUGGAAGGUUUAUUAUAAUUAUCUUUUUUGACUUUUUUUUUCUGUUUUUUUUUUUGAAGAUCAGAAUUCAUAAAGUCAGUAUCUAUGUCUUGCCAAUUAGCUUUAAAUAUCACGAGGGUUCCUGAAAGAUUGCAGAAACAACUCUAGAAGUCUAAGGCAAUGGUGCCUGGCCCAGCGGUCUAGAAGCAACAUCAAAUCCAUAAGCUGAACUGCGUAUGUACUUUCCAUCACACCUGAAUUCUUGUAAAUAGUCAAAUCUGGAUGUUCAGGUUUGGUAUUUUUGUUUUUACUUUAAAAGAUAAAUACGGGAUGGGUGUCAGAAAAAUAUGAAUUAUGGCUAGAAAAUUCUGAAUACCUGGGCUCGUCACUUAACACUGAGAAAAAAUUGAUACAGUGGAACUGAAGAGAGUAUUAUAUUUGCAGGUGCUGACCAGAGUGUAGAUCAGGGCACUGAAAAGUCUCACUUUUUCCAGUGAGAUUGUUGAGGGACUCUUCUUCCUAUCUGGCUCUACUGCUGGUUUUGUAAGCACUUUUCACCUGUGACAGUCAGGCCUCAAAUUGUGAAUGUCCUCCUAUUGCCUUCCAGUGAAACAGACUCUUGAAAUGUCCUUAGCUUGUGCUUACUUGUAUAGUUCUGUUUACCAAGAGACUGCCUUGGUUGUGUUGGUCAAGAAAUCCACUGUAAUGCAGAAUGAGGCAUAUCUGAGAGCAAUUGCAUCACAUUGUAUUGUCUUCUGCUAUGGAUGCAUGCCCAACUGUAGAAGAUAAAGGCUGGUUAUUAGGGAAGUUGAGGGCUUAAACUUUCAAUGGGCAAUGGGCUGAAGCAUUCAAAUGGAUUUUUACACAAGUAAAAAUCAAAUGAAGGGUAUUAUUUAUGUAUGUAUGUGUACCAAAACUCAGCAAAUUUGAGGAAGCCUGCAUUGUAAUAAAGUUUAUUUUUAAUAUGUCAUA